CGAGAUGACGACCCCUGGGCACUGAGGCAGGUGUGUGCCAUGGCCGCCCUUACCCUAGAAAAAUGGGAUCAGGCCAUUCUAGUUAAAUCCUCAGUACUCUAUGGAUAAAUGAGGAAUAGAGAAGUAGCUGAAGUCGUAAGUCUCGCGCUCACGAGUCUCAUUCCAGAGGAAGCAAGAGAGUUGUGCGGCGUCAUCUUUAGUCGGGGCACGGAAGGCCCGAAUAGUCCAUUUUAUCUGGGGACCUCCUUAACCAAAGUGAAAGGGUAUCCGCCGAUGCAACUUCACUUUCCCUUCUCCAACAUGGCUUCCAGAGCAGGAAGAAGAAAUUGGAGGCUUGCGUUGGGGGACGGGCCAAUCAGUGCGGGCAGCUCUGCCUGCGCAAGCGCGCUGCCGGUAGGCCUCUGGGUUGACUCGGUAAGGCUAUCCUUUAAUCACCUGUUUUAGCCCCUCCUCCCGGGUCCCGGAGGAGAGAAGCCAGUAGGCGGGCUCGGGGCGGGCCGUCGCAGAGUCUCCGCCCCCACAACCUUCUCUGAGCGCGGGCCAAGGGGUGGUUCGCUGGGGGUCAGGCUCAGCAGCGGGCAGGGCAGGCACCCACGGAGAGAGGGCGAGAGACGUUGAUACAGGGGAGAGUGACGAGCUGCCCUACAUUGCCUGCCAGGGACGAGCACGCGGCCACUCUACCACCCGGCUGCCCACGAUCACUCGUCCGCAGGAAUGUCAGCCGCCGGCGUCCGGGGCCUGCGGGCCACCUACCAUCGGGUCCUUGAUAAAGUGGAGCUCCUGCUGCCUGAGAAAUUGAGGCCGUUGUACAACCACCCGGCAGGUCCCAGAACAGUAUUUUUCUGGGCUCCAAUUAUGAAAUGGGGCCUGGUGUGUGCUGGAUUGGCUGACAUGGCCAGACCUGCAGAAAAACUCAGCACGGCUCAAUCUGCUGUUUUGAUGGCUACAGGCUUUAUUUGGUCAAGAUAUUCACUUGUAAUUAUUCCAAAAAACUGGAGUCUAUUUGCUGUUAAUUUCUUUGUUGGGACAGCAGGAGCCUCUCAGCUCUUUCGUAUUUGGAGAUAUAACCAAGAACUAAAAGCUAAAGCAAACAAAUAAGAGUUCCUGAUCACCCUGGCAAUCUAGAUGUGGACAUAACCACCGGGACCUAGUUUGAUUUCUUAUUUGGUUGUUGAUGAGGUGAUACUAAUUGUGCUAAUGUUUGUAAGGCAUAAAAUGUAAUUGGGAGAUAGUAUUGAUACUUGAUUCAACAGAAAAAUAAAGCAAACUUUUAAUAA